GAAGUCGGUGAUAGCAGACGGAAGGUUGGUACAAAUUAUUCUGAGUCCAUUGUCGUCAACGGCGAUUCCCACACGAUGAAACCAAUCUUCUUAAGUACGAGCCAUUAGGCUUCCUCAUAACGGCGAUUCCCGUGUGAUUACUGUCCCUGGCCCCCACAGGCAGGGUUUCGCGCCGAUCAAUAGCUUCGGGCAGUUCAGCGUCUCGCUCACACGCUGCGCCCAAUGGCUGUGCUGACGGCAGCCUAGAGGGUCUCCUCUUUGUCCGAUUUCUCCUAUAUGUCCUGAGUACAAUUGCACUUCUUCUGCUUGCUCUCUUCUGUUUCUACUUUUUCUAUCUGUAUAUGUAUCUGAAAACCUCUACUGCACCAUAUCAAUCAUACAUACUUCAUAUGAACACUCCAACAUGACCUCUUCCACCACCCGCAAACAGAAGAAACCCCAGCAGUCCAACCGCAAGGUGCUGCUGGCCGACACCAUCGGACAGACGCUGUACGAGCGUCUCCUACACGCCCGACUCGACUGUCCCAUCGCUCACUGGGCGCCUGUGCACCAUCCUCUGGCUCCUCAGCCCUCAUCCACCAUCAACUGCAACCUCAGCAUCAACAGCACCAGCACCAGCACCCUCACCACCUCCCCAUCAGCCUCCACCUCCGACAUCAAAAGCAUCCCCUCCAGCCGCACCAGCCAUGACUCACUCCACAAACCCUCAUCAUCAUCCUCAUCUCUCCCACCCCUCCCUUCCAACCGCAUCAUCACCCUCGGCGGACCCUGCACCAACCUCACCACCCUCACCACCAUCACCCACUUAGCCGCCAAAUACAGCCAAGUCUCGCACAUGUCCCUGCUCGACCCAAGCUACACUGUCUUCCUCAACACCACGCACACCGCCGCGCUCUGCUUCAAAGUCGUACACCAAACAGCCAUAGUUGCCGGCGACCCCAUCAGCUCGGAAGAGAACAUCCCAUCUCUCCUCUCCGAAUUCAAAACCUACCGCAAAUCCCACCUCCUCGGCAUGGCCUUCCUCGGCGCCAGCCCACGUCUCACACACUACGCCCAAAGCCAAAGUCAAACCCAGACCACUACAAAAAACAACUGGACAAUGCUCCACUUCGGGACCUCACGCGUCCUCAACCCCACCACCAACGCCCUCCUCAACGAAACAACCGGAAAGCGUCUCAUUUUACAAAACAAACAACUCCUCAACCCAAAUAAAGGCGGGAUAACCCUCGACAUAUACAUUCCCGGCAGCAAUCCCACAUUAGAAAAAGACCUCCAAGAGAUAUACACAACCUGGCGCACCACCCGCAACACCUCAUCCACUCCCCAAGCCUUCAUAACAGAAUACACUUCCCCCUUCUCAUCGACUCUCCUCCCCUCCCUCAUGACCUACAUCUAUGCCAAGGAUAAAAACGGUGUGCCGCUAGCUUUCGCAGGCCUGCGCUACUGCGGCGCUAACAAUGGAUACCAUAUCGAUCCGUGCGUUGCGCUACCGACGGCUCCCAAGGGGCUGACAGAUCUGUUGAUGUUUGCUGCGAUGGCGCUGUGUCGGCAUGCCGGGGUGGGGUAUUUGAGUGUGGGCUUUGAGCCAUUAGAGGAGUUGGGUGAGGUCAGGGGGCUGAGGGGCCCGUUGGAGCAUUUGGCGAGAGGGGCGUAUCGGUUUGCGUUUAAGCGGUUGCCGUCCAUUCAGGGGAAGAAAGCGUAUUAUGAUAAGUGGAGGACGGAGGAGGGUUUGGAGGAAAGGUUGUAUUUGGUGUUGACGGGGGCGGGAGGUGGACUGGGGGUCGUGGCGGUGACGCAUGUUGCGAAUGUGAGGAUUAGGAGGGUGGUUUGGGGGUAGGAAGUUCUACUAAAAGGGAAGAGGGUGUAAGUAAGUAUGCUUUAGGGUUAUUUUGUCUUCUUUGGUGUAUAUUUGGAUGUGUGUAUGAUAUGGUCUGGUAAAUGGGGGUUUUCAUAGUAUUUUAGUAGCAUAUGAGUUUAAUUGAGCAUAUGAUUUGUCUUCUGG